UUGACGGCCUGUCGUAAACUGAGUCCUUCCUUUGCUUUUUUUCCGUUGCUUGGCUGUGAGCUACGGCCCUUCGGUCCCCGGCGCGCUUUCCGGCCGCGGCGCCGAGAGGACCCGAGCGAGCGCCGACAGGGGCCCGCCCCCUUCCCCGAGAUGCCCCCCAAGAAACCGCCGCCUGCGGCGGGGCCCAAUAAGAAGGCGGACCAGAAAAAGAAGGAGAAGAUCAUCGAGGACAAAACAUUUGGUCUAAAGAAUAAGAAAGGAGCAAAACAGCAGAAGUUUAUCAAGGCUGUGACUCAUCAAGUUAAAUUUGGUCAACAAAAUCCAAGACAGGCUGCUCAAGCUGAAGGUGACAAGAAAUUAAAGAAAGAUGAUAAGAAGAAAGAAUUACAGGAACUAAAUGAACUCUUCAAACCUGUAGUUGCUGCCCAGAAAAUUAGUAAAGGUGCAGAUCCCAAAUCAGUAGUUUGUGCUUUCUUCAAGCAAGGACAGUGCACCAAAGGAGAUAAGUGCAAGUUUUCUCAUGAUUUGUCUUUGGAGAGAAAGUGUGAAAAACGAAGUGUUUACAUUGAUGCAAGAGAUGAAGAUCUUGAAAAAGAUACAAUGGAUAAUUGGGAUGAGAAAAAGCUGGAAGAGGUGGUGAACAAGAAGCAUGGUGAGGCGGAAAAGAAAAAACCCAAAACUCAAAUAGUCUGCAAGUAUUUUCUUGAUGCUAUUGAAAACAACAAAUAUGGCUGGUUUUGGGUUUGUCCUGGAGGAGGAGACAACUGUAUGUACCGCCAUGCCCUCCCUCCUGGCUUUAUACUAAAAAAAGACAAAAAGAAGGAGGAAAAGGAAGAUGAAGUUUCUUUAGAAGAUCUAAUAGAAAGAGAGCGUGCUGCCUUAGGACCAAACAUUACCAAAAUCACCCUAGAGUCUUUUCUUGCAUGGAAGAAAAGAAAAAGACAAGAAAAGAUUGACAAGGCUGAACAAGAUAUGGAACGGAGGAAAGCUGAUUUUAAAGCUGGCAAAGCACUGGUGAUCAGUGGACGUGAAGUAUUUGAGUUCCGGCCCGAGUUGGUUGAUGCUGAUGAUGAAGAAGCAGAUGACACUAAUUAUAUUCAAGGAUCAAGUGAAGAUGAGGUUGAAGAUCUUGUGAGGAUAAAUGAUGUAGACUUGAAUCUGUAUGUCCCAAAGGAUGUAGAUGAGACUGGUAUUACUGUGGCUAGUCUUGAGCGAUUCAGCACAUACACUUCAGUGGAAAAAGAUGAUAACAAAUUAAGUGAAGCUUCAGGAGGUGGGAUAGAGAAUGGGGAGCAAAGCGAUUUAGAAGAAAACGAGGCAGAAGGAGAGCAGGAAAAUGGAGUAAUAGAUGCAGUUCCUGUUGAUGAAAAUCUUUUUACUGGAGAGGACUUGGAUGAACUAGAAGAAGAAUUAAACACUCUUGAUUUAGAAGAAUGAACAAACAAAUCAAAUAAGAAAAUUGAAGUCUACCUUACAAAGUGAAAACUGACUGCAUCAUUUUUUCAUCUAGAAUUCUUAAACAGGAUGUUUAUGAUUUCCCAACUGAUUCUGGAGGGCACAUCAAAAACCAGAAGUACUUUCCUUCAGUUUCCUUUACUCUACUCUUGACUACACCUCAUAGUAAGAUACUCAGAGUAGUUAAUAAUUGAAUUGAGAGCUGUCAUUGCAGAAAAUGAGGUGUAAUUUUCAAUUAAAAGUAGGAAGCAUAACUGAGUUAAGUGGAUUUAUUACGACCAGGUGCAGUAUACAGUCAACAGUGAACAGCCUUUUCACCAGAACUGCAUUUUUUAAUAAGUAAUUUUGAGUUGAUUUAGAAACUGCCUAAAAUAUUUGAGCAAUGUACUCUAAAUGGAGCUGAUACAGAUUCAGAUGUUCGGGCUCCAGUAGGUAUUGAUAUGCUUUACUACUUCAGCUGGAUGCUAAACAUGCGGCUUCGUGAAUUGAUACAGCGUCAGCUACGGUGCCCUCUGUUUAAAAUGUUUUAAACUUUCCCUCCACCUUUUGCCAACAAGGUUGUAAAUAAAGACUGUCAACUUUAAAAUCA